GCAGCAGUGUGUGAAUGUGGCAACCGAGUUAGACAGGGAGGGGUAGAUAGCUGGAGCAGACCUGGUAGAGGCUCCUUUUCUUGUCUUUUUAUCUGUGUUUUUUCUCCCCGUACGGGGCACUUUGUUCACUGUUCAUGUGACCGCCACGGCUGGGAAGUUGUCGGUGGAGCAGGAAACCGGACCGCCGUCACCGCUGUUUUUCUCCGGGACUAUAAAACCGCUGUCGCUGUGAAAACAGCCCAGAAGAAAGACGGAAAGGGAGUAACAACAUGGGACGAUAAUUAUUAUUAUUAUUAUUUUUUUUUUAAAAAAGAAGGUGUUGUGAACCGACGAUGACUCCCUGGGGGGAUCCGUGAAGCUUAUUUAUUUUUAUUUAUUCCCGUUUUCCUUCUCCCCCCUUUUUUUUGUUGUUAUUUUUACGUGUUCUCCUCCCUUGCUACUUUGGGGGUGUUAUUAUUUCUUGUAAAGGAAAAGACAACCGGACUGAAACAUGGAGCAAGCCGGCAUCCUGAGAAAGUUUAUCCAGGGGGUGAAGGCCAUGAGCGAGGGGGACGAGGAGAGGGGAGAGGACAACUUCGGCAACGACUUUAUGCGGUUACGGCGGUUAUCGACCAAAUACCGGACGGAGAAGAUCUACCCCACCAACGAAGGCGAGAGAGAGGAGAAUGUAAAAAAGAACAGAUAUAAAGAUAUACUACCGUUCGAUCACACUAGAGUCAAGGUGGCGUUAAAAACAUCCAACCAGGACACAGAUUACAUCAAUGCUAACUUCAUCAAGGGUAUGGAUGGCCCCGAGGCCUAUAUUGCAACUCAGGGCCCGCUGCCGAACACUGUCAUCGACUUCUGGAGGAUGAACUGGGAGUAUAACGUAGCUGUUAUUGUAAUGGCUUGUCGAGAGUUCGAGAUGGGAAGGAAAAAGUGCGAGCGAUAUUUCCCGAUGCUGCAGGACGAGCCCAUGAGUUUCGGUCCGUUCAGAAUCGCCUGUGAAUCGGAGCAGGCCAGAACGGACUACAACAUCAGGACGUUGGCGGUGGAGCAUGAGAAUGAGACUCGGAGGAUAACGCAGUUCCAUUAUAUGAACUGGCCGGAUCACGACGUCCCCUCGUCGUUUGACUCCAUCCUCGAUAUGAUCGGACUGAUGAGAGAAUACCAAGAGAAUGACGACGUCCCUAUAUGUGUGCACUGCAGCGCAGGCUGUGGGAGGACGGGUGCAAUCUGUGCUAUCGACUACACAUGGAACCUCCUCAAAGCUGGGAAAAUACCAGAAGAUUUUAACGUUUUUCGGUUGAUCCAAGAAAUGAGGACGCAGCGGCACUCUGCAGUACAAACCAAGGAACAGUACGAGUUAGUGCACAAAGCAAUUGCCCAGCUCUUUGAAAAACAACUGCUGCUACUAGAGAGCCCUACCAACACACAGAUACUUGAUGGCAUGGUUGAAAGUAGUCCAGACAAAGCAAGCCAACAGUCCGACGAUGAAAGAUGGGACACACCGCCUCCCAAACCUCCCCGCAUACGCAGUUCCCAGACAGAAGGCGACGUCAAGGAGGAGAUUCUCCAGCCUCCGGAGCCUCACCCCGUGCCUCCCAUCCUCACCCCGUCUCCCCCCUCGGCCUUCCCCACCGUCACCAACGUGCGCCAGGACAACGACCGCUACCACCCCAAGCCUCUCAUCCACGUCCUGACCACGGCGCAGCAGAACGAGACGAAGAAUAAAGGUGUGGACCAACGGCAAAACCAGUCAGAACCCAGUUCAAACAAUCAGACCAGUCCCUCGGAGCAGAAGGACCAACGCCAGCAACAGCAGACCCAGGUCUCAAAUCUGGAUCUCAACGACAACUACAACAACAAACUGUCGUCAGCGUCAUCAAAAUCAGAAUCGGGCCAAUACCAGACUCAGACUCCCUCGUCCCCCCUCUCCCCGGUUGUUGUUGAAUGUGCCGGCGCUCCCCGGGUCGAGCGGAAGCUCAGCAUUGAGAUUAAAAAGGUGCCGCUGCAGGAAGGGCCGCGUAGCUUUGACACUUCCUCCUCGAUGGGAGGAGCCGGCGCUCCCAGCAGCGCUUCAACCAACAGUGCGAGCAUGCUGCAGAGAAGCCACGCCUUCAAGGCGCGCUCCGGCCAAUCCCUGCUCUCGUCGAGCUCCUCGCUGUCGGAGGACUCGGGCACGGAGGGAGGGGGAGGAGCGGAGAGUCACGCAGACGGGGGCGUCCUCGUGCGGCCAAACCAUCUCCCCGUGAAGAGCGGCGACAAGGGGGAGGCGCAGGGAGGGGAGAAAGCGGAGGGGAAGGCGGGCCACGCGACGUGGGCUCAGUUCUGCAGCAGCCCCGAAAAACAGUAUCCAAAGACCUCCUCCUCUUCCUCGUCCUCGGACCGUGUCGCUCCCUCGUCGUCUUCCUCCUCCCAUCUCUCCUCGUCCUCCUCCUCGUCCUCCACCCCCGUUAGGACUGCGCUGAGUUUCACCAACCCCCUGCACUCCGACAACUCCGACGAGGAGGGGGACGGUGAGAUGAGCGACGCGAAGGAGGGCUACCGCACUAAUGUAUCCACGGCGACGGCCAUGGUUACUACGUCCCCCUACCACGGAGACCAGCAGCCGGUCAGGAAGGUGUUGCCGAUGUCGAUCGCCGGACACAGCUCUCCGUCACCGCCUGCGACCACAGCAAACUGCUGGGACAGCGACGACUCCCCUCCCCCUCUCCCCGCGAGAACCCCCGAGUCCUUCAUACUGGCCACAGACCCUCAGGAAGUGAGAACGCUGGCCUCGGCUGAGUGGAGCGGCUUACACACAGACGUGUCGGACCGCGUUAAGAAGACCUCACCGGUGGACCCUGCAUCGGCCGGCACCACAGCAGCAGACAGCAAGGCAGACUUGGGUGGGGUUCGGUAACCGCUGCAUCCAGCCUAAAGGCCCUCGGGAACCCCCCCUGGAGUGGACAUGAUGGUGCAGUCCGCCAGCAGGCAGUGUCCUCACCUGUCAGGAGGGCGGACUCUGCCGACUCUCACCUGGCUGGUCCAAAAAAAAAGAAAAA